UGCCUGCAUUGAACAGACACUGCGCUGCACGCUCAGCUUCCCUUCUACCUCCUCCCCAAAGCCAACAAGUCUGUCUCACCAAACCUUUCAACAUCGACUGCUACGGCGUGCUGGCGACUUGCUGCUAUCAUGGGCCUAUUCGGAGGAGCUGCUGCGAAAGCGUCACCAAGCUGGAUAGACUGGGCCAUUCACAUCCUUCAAGGCUUUUCCAAUCCGCUCAACAUUCUUCUCCUUCUCGUCUUGCUCUACCUUCUAUACCCUCUCCUUCCACGUCCUCUUUCCCACUACACACCUACCCUCUCCCAAGCUCGGCAAACUUCCAGCACCUCGAACACCUCUCUAAACUCCAACGGAUCCUAUAAUUCUUUGCCUUCCAAACAUGCUCCUGCCAGUCUUUGGAGAAGGUACACGCCUAGGACUUUGGCAGUUUAUGAUGGGACAGGAGCCAAUGGAGAAGAGGGAGAGACGAUCCUGUUGGCUAUCGAGGGUCAAGUCUUUGAUGUGACAAAGGGCGCAAACUUCUAUGGGCCCGGCGGACCAUACGGAAACUUUGCUGGGCGCGACGCAUCGCGAGGAAUGGCCAAGCAAUCUUUUGCUCUAGAAAUGCUUACUCCUCUCGAUCAGCCACUGGAUAAGCUGGAUGACCUCACGCCUGCAGAAGUCGAGACCGUGCUGACUCAGAUCACCUCAUCAUCGUGGUUCGCCAGGCAUUUUUCGAACAAGUAUUUUGUUUGUGGGGAGCUUGUGAACGAAGGCGAAGGGGACUGA